UAUAUGAAAUAAUGCAUAAUGGUUACACUACUAAGACGCUGUUUGUUUGUAUGGUCAGAUUUUAGAAUAAAAUGGGCUCGUCGAAGAUAUCUCUGGCGAGCCAGUUUCUACUACAACAGUGUCAGUUGUAUUCUCGUUGUCGGGCUCAUACUCACCUUCAUUCUACAUUAUCUCAUUUCUAAAUACAGUUUCUUUGUAAAUUACAGCUGCUCCGCAAGGAGUACGAAGAACAUUGUGUCUGUAAUACUUGUGGAAAUGGUAAUAAUUGGUACCUUGCUGCUAAUUACUAUUCUACUUGGGCGACUCUGUAACCUAUUUUCAAAUUAUUCCAUAGAUGAGUGCAGUUCAUCUAGAAGACUUUUUAAAACAUUGGGGUUUACCCUUAAAUGGUUACCGUCUAUCGCAGGUGUCCUCAUGUUUUCUUUAACGAUGCUUCAAUUGUGUUGCUUGAUAUGGACAAUCGUUAGUCCGAGGCAUUGGUGUGGGAACCGUUUUAACGAAUCAGCUGUUAAUGCUGUUAAGAAUUGUAGAAUAAUACACUACAAUUAUGCUGGAUGUAAACUAAACUUCCAAAUUACAACUAAAAAGGAGAUUAGAGAAUGCAAUAAUCCGGGAUAUCUAACAAAGAAACGCCUGAUAUUACUUGCGUUAUCCGAUGAUGACGAAUCUUGUACUGUGGAGGACAUCGCAGUAUGCAAAGCACUUUCACUAGUGUUUGAUGGCAAAGACGUAAAUUGGCAUUCGGGUCAGCUACUUGGGUGUCUUGGGCGUCUUCCCAAGAAUGAUGAACCACUGUUUGAUACCUUGAAUCCAAGUGAUUUGUAUAGAUAUUUAAUGUUAUUUCACAUAACUGGGACUGUAUGUAGCUCAUUGAUCAUUGUUUUCUUUUAUAUCGUUAAAUUUAUCACGGAGUACGACGCCAUGAUAUACCAAGCUAGGAACUCUAAUGAUAAUAUUUGCAUCAAACUCAUGCGCCCUAUUACUAUGUGGUCAUAGUAUCAUUCUAAGCCCGAAAUAACACAUUA